AUUCGUACGUUGUCUUCGAAGAAGGAUAUACCACAAAAGUGCUGCCAAAGAUUAGACUGUACUUUUCCAAAAAUGCUGUUUUUAAAAAAAUCGAAUAACAAAAACCUCGACUACUUAAAAUUACUUUUCUACUUCUUCAAAGUGUUCGGACUAGCAUCGAUGACCAUUGACGCAACGACGGCAAAAAACACUAGGAAUCAUUUUUGGACAUUUACCCGCUCCAAAAGUACCGUUAUCUACAACGUCAUCUUUAUUUUGGUUUUCGUAAUCUCAAACAUCUACAGCAUGACGUUCUUCUGUCGUGGCACUUACGUAGUCAACUUUGAAACCAUCGGGGAUUGCGGCCAAACAACAUUAUCCUUAUUCGUAGCAUUAUUUAUACUGACGAAGUCUUGUAUUUCAAGAAAUACGUUGAUCAUCAUUGCGAACUCGAUCAGUCGAAUUACAGAUUCGCUGCUGUCUUUGAGUAGCACUAGUAUUCAAGAGAAUAGCAAAAUCUCAUCAGAGAUCAAAAAAAUGUUUAUCAUAAACAUUAGUACCUGGACUGUGUUAUUCGGCACGUUUGCAUUUGACUUGAAGCCUUUGACAAAGUAUGGCAUCGUGGUAUUUUUCAGCAAUUGUAUCAUUAACCACCUCGUGAUCCAGUACAGUGUGAUUUUAAAAUUAAUCAAGCAUAAUUACAAGAUACUCAACGAAAAUCUGAUCGAGUUCGGCGACCAGGAAUCGAUGGCAAUUCGAUCACCGAGUGAAGCGAAAAUCAAAGUCGACAGACUGUUGAAGUUGCAAAAAUUGCACGAGUCGUUGAGCGAUACGUCGCGAGAAGUGUCGAAUUAUUAUUCUUAUCCGAUGCUCGUCUGCGUUUUGCACGUGUUUAUUAUUUUGAUUUUUGUGUGUUACUACUUUUUCAAACCGAUGAUACUCCACAGUAAAAACUUGUCGACUUUUACGUUUUUACGCACCAUUGGGUAUGGUUUUGCAUACGGCCUUUUACUGGUGACUUUGACGAAGUGUGUCGCAGCCACGAUUGACGAGAACAGAAGAACGAAAGAGAUUAUUGGUUCUUGCUUGAUGAUAUCUGCAGAUGAGAAGGUCUUGAAUAAGUUAAAUAAAUUUUCGACCUACUUACUGCACAGGGAUAUCAAAUUCACGGUUCUGGGACUUUUUUCAUUGGAUGAAUCGUUAUUGACUACGAUGGUUGGUUCGAUCACAACGUACAUGGUGAUAGUGCUACAGUUUCAACAAAAUUUGAAAAGAUAAUUUAACUUUUGGAAAAAAAUAACCUGCUUAUUCUAUGCGAAAUUGGUUC